CCGACUUCGGAAUGAUCCCAAGUAUUUAUUAAAAACUGUAUAUACUUUUAAAUGGUCAUCAAGGUCCUUUAUAUAAAUUAACGGUAUUAUUUUCACGGGGAAUGACGGACAGUACAUACGAUCCCUACCUGUACCGCAGUGUGGACAAACCUAUCUCAAAUUUUGGAGCAUUUACCUCCCUGAUAACAUGCGUCAUUGGAACUGGGGUUCUGGCCAUUCCAUUGGCAUUUAGCUUUUCGGGCACGCUUCUUGGCAUUUUUCUUCUGAUUGUUACGGCCAUUCUGCUCAUCCAUGGAAUACAACUGAUAGUGAUUUGCAUGGUGGAGUGCUCCCGUCGAAUGCAGAUCGGCUAUGCCUCAUAUCCGGACGCGAUGGUUUACUCCUUUUCCCAGGGCCCCAAAUGCUUUAGGUAUUUUUCCAGGGCUUCGGGUUACCUGGCGGACGUGGUGCUCUGUUUCUCACACUACGGAAUCUGUGUGGUGUAUCUAGUGUUUGUCGCCAGCAACGUAAAGACCGUGAUGGAUGACUACGAGAGUGUGGCCGACAUACGGUAUUAUAUUGCCUUUACUGGACUGCUAAGCAUACCCAUUUUCAGCAUUAUUCACCUGAAGUUUCUGAUUCCCAUAAACUUGUUGGCCAAUGUUUUGCUCUACAUUGGCUUCGCUAUGAUUUUUUACUACUUAUUUGAGAAUCUACCGCCGUUCUCUAAUGAUCAGCUUUUUGUGGGCGACUCCAUGAAGCUUCCCCUAUUCUUCGGAAUCAUCCUCUUCUCCAUAUCUUCGGUGGGCGUGAUGCUGGCCAUCGAGUCCAAGAUGGCUACACCGCAAAACUUCAUCGGGUGGUUUGGCGUUCUGGAUUUAUCCGCCAUAGUAGUCGUUAUCUCUUACAUAACGUUUGCAAUAUUUGGUUAUUGGCGCUAUGGAGGGGAAUUGAAAGCAUCCAUUACACUCAACCUCCCGAGCGAACCGUUGGCCCAUACAGCUCAAAUAGUUUUUGCCUUUGACGUCUUUCUGUCGUUCCCACUGUGCGGAUUCGUUGUGAUCGAUAUCAUCAUGACCCACUACUGGAACAAAAGUGGGAACCUGAAGCGGGCCAAGACGAAGGAGAUCAUUCUUAGGAUAUGCUUUGUGUUGGUCGCCACCCUCAAUGCAAUCGCCUUUCCGGGCUUGGGUCCCCUUUUAGCACUAACUGGAGCAUUCACCAUAUCACUGCUGAAUCUUGUCUUUCCGGCACUUCUUGAGAUCUGUUUGUACUACCCGGAGGAGUUCAACUACGGAAGGUUUAAGUGGAAGCUCGUCAAGGACAUAAUCAUGAUGAUAUUCGGAGUCCUCAUUCUGGUCCAAGGCACCGUCUUUGCCAUCAAGGACAUGAUAGAUUUCUAUGGUCAAUGAAAUGUAGUAAUGUAUCUGAAAAUAA